GGGGUACCUCGAAUCGAACAACGUGUCUUCGACGAGGGUAAGAUGAUAUCGAACCUAAAUACGACUCUCUCCACUGCGCGCAAAACUUGUCAAACGAGAAUGAAUUCUCUGAUGAAGCAUAGGAAGUUACAUCUUGUUAUGCUGAAGGCUGAGCGUUUCCGGCAACAUGAUUCAGGUGGCAGGGGGGGUGUGAGAUGGCUGGGUGGUAGAGGGAAGAAGAGGAAGUGCCACGUGGUGGCACUUGGAGUAGAAGUAGGGGUAGGUGGAGGAGGAGGAGGAGAAGGAGGAGGAGAAGGACGGUGGGUGGAAGGAGGAGGAGGAGGAGGAGGAGGAGGAGGAGGAGGAGGAGGAGGAGAAGGAGGAGAAGAGAGAGAGAGGAUUGGCGACGACAUGGCGAGGAAGAAGAGAUACGUUUUGAUCCUGGCUGGGCCGUGUCCCGAUCCCGACAAGAUGUGGAAGAAACCCACGAACGGAGAUGAGGGAACAACAACCCACGAGCGCGAGGAAUUCGUUGCCACGUGGAGUGUCGGGAAGCAGCUGUACGUCGGCUGUGUCUUGAAAAACCUGCUGUCCCAGUUGCUAUCGCUGUGCGCUCUGACGAUUAAGUGGAGAGAUGCCGAAAAGGACAACCAUCGAGAAGGGUUAUCAUUUCUGGAGCGGGCUCCUGAGACACAGGUUUCCAUUGCCAGCCUCUGGCCUGCAUCGACGGUCGCAAAUCAGAAUUUUCCACAGACGGAGGGAGCCGAGCCUGCAUGUCAGAGCAAGGCUGCUGCAGGAACCUGCUCUUCGGGCCCGAGGGGAACAGCAUCAGGCGCCCUAGAGAAACGCUGUGGGCAGGUGGUUGGGAGCGAAAGGGGGUCAGUGGCAGCGGAGUUCUCGGGCGGCCUUAUCGAUAAUCCUGUCUGCAACCGCUUCGAUGGGUCGGGGUCUUCGUCCGCUGCGAGGAAGAGUGGUGACAUCAACAAGCUUACGCACACCAAGAGCAAUGAUUUGCCCACUAGUCUCUUGAGGAAGAAGUGUCCAGAUGCGGGGAAUUCUGAGCCACGAUUGCAAAGCUUUGGUGGACGGGACGAUCCAGGAUCCUCACAAGGUGUUGGAUGUCUGAGCGGAUGUGACCAGGUUCGAACCCCUUCCUGUGGGGAUUGGCUGCCUGUUGACGUUGCGCUACGGGAGCUCUCUAAACGUGCUCUGGGGAUCGCAACCGGGGAGACUCAGCAAAAAUUGUGGGGGCAGGCAGAGGGCAGAAAGGACCCUGUCGAUGAUGGUCAGGUGGAGGACAUUUUCCGGCACUCUUCUUCAAGCUUGGAGUCUUCUUUUCACUGUGUAAAUUUGCUCAUUCAGAGUUUGCCAAAGGGAGCUAUCGUGGAUGUGGUGUGGGCAACACCAGCAUGGGCACUUUCGGAGGGUCCACCGACAUCGCGCAAGCUGCAUGCUGCAACGACCAUUGCCGUCGAUGCAUUGUUCCAGAUCAAAGAUGCACAUCAGGAUUUGGUAAGGCUCCAUAUUGUUGCUUCACCAUGGCCAGAUUAUCAGGAGGGGAAUCUCUACAGCAACGGUUUCGUAGAAAUAUCGAGAAGUAGGGACGAUAUGGAACGUUUAGCGAGACUUCUUGGGGCUAAUUUGCAUUGGAUAACGCUCCGAUCAUCGUAUGGUCCAGAUGACGGCAGUGAACGGACAAAUCCCAUCCACAACUUCGAGUUACCAUUAGUAUUAGAGCCGUGUAUAGCGUGGAGGGGCAAGUUCGUUAUUGCAGGAGACGAUCUGGGCCGCCAAAUCAAUGGGGUUGAACCUAAGAACCGUGUCGAUCCGCCGAAGCCGGUGGAAGCGGGGAAGGAUGGUGCCGGGGAUGGAUCUGCAGCGAAAGAGAAGGAUGUCCAGUUGCACCUCAAGGGGGUUUCGCUUCUCAGCUGUGCGAGUGAUGCAGGUCUAAUGGCUCGCUACGGACUUCAUGAUGCAGGGCAAAAGCGUACGUGGGACGAUAUUCAGAGGUGGUGCGCAGAGAUCAGUGCCUCCUCUCCUCGCUCCUUGCAGAAUGGUCGAUGCAAUAAUGCUGCCCAUGGAAAUCAGGAUGGAGGUGACCGGUGCCGAGCAGGAAACUCAACCAUGUGCGAAGUUGCACCUGGGGUAUGGCAGGGUUCAUCUUCAGUGUUGGAGGCGGGGAAGAAAAGAAUGGUUGCAGAUGGGCCAGAUAUAACCCUGGAAAGCCAGAGAAAAGCUGGAGGUAUGGGGAAACAAGUAAACAGGGUAGCCACUACGGAGAUCCUCAGCGCUCUGAAGGUUAUAGAGAUCAUGCGGCUGAGAGAUAUUCCCUCACAUCUAAUUGGAGGUGCGGCACCUCUUCGAGUUGUGGUGGAUGGAUAUCUUGGAGAAAGCAAGUCUGACUGGUACACACGAGCUCUAAUCGAAGCUGUCAAGGAGGAGCCUGAGGAUGCGCGUGACCGUGUUGCUCUGCUGGUUCAGCCGCUGUACUCGCCGGUGGUGUUGCCAAGUCAGGAGGUGGCACGUCCCACGGAGCUCGUGGGAGUGCGAGAAAAAGAAAAAGGCGCAAAGGAAGGACAAAGGGAGGAGGGUGCUGCAGCGAAAUGCGAUAUUAUGACGAUGGGGAAUGGCGGAUUGGGAAACGAUGGUGUAUGGGCUGAAGGAGCAGCAGGAGGUACUAGCUUAGGUAGGCAAGUGGGGGAAAACAACAUUCUAGGAGGGAAGAAGGUCAGGCAGCCAGAGAUCGCAAUGCAGACCAACAAAGGUGCAGAGAUGGAGGGUGCCGGGAAACCCCAGACGGGUGUGAAAGAUGGGCCACUGUACAAAACAAAGAGACGAUGGGAGAUUAUGGUUCUUUAUGGGGAUGGUAGGGAAGUGUACUUGAACCGUGUAAAUCGUAGAUGGGAUGCUUGGAAAACGGUGUAUAGGCCACAGCGAAGAGUGCAUACGAUCAUCUGUGAAGAAAGAAAACGGGAAGGCGGUUGUGUUAUGGGGGAUAGCAGAGAUAUUGACCCUGGAGGAUGCAGAGCGCAAAAAGCUGAAGGUGCAAAAGCAAGGCCACAGAAGCGGAGCGGUUUUGGCAGGAAAGGUUUGCCAGUCGAUCAGACAAGCAUGGAGAGGAAACAGAGGUUUUCAAAGUUUUGUACAAAGCGGGAAGCCGGCAGAAUAAAUUUCUUUCUUGUAAAGCCCGAUGGGUCCAUGGUACUUGCUGCAGAAGGCAAAUCGGUUCCUGGAAAGAAGAAUCAAUGGUCCUACCAUGUGAUGGAUGAGUUUGAGCAUACAGGCCGUGCCAUCCUCGGUUUCAGCCCAAAUGCAUGCAAAGUGGGAUCGGAAAGAGGCAGUGGCGAGAAGAGGGUGCCUGGUGCAAAAAGUGGCAGCAAAGGAUUUCAAUCAGUGAAAGAUGUGGAAACCUGGUUGAGUAGGAUUGUUGAUGCAUGCAGGCAAUCCAGUGCUGAGCUGGCAGAUCAGCAGCUGUUUAAGGGGCCAAAGAACCCUUACACUGACGGGAUGGCAGUAACACCACCUAGGGAAAGCGAGACUGAGGAUCAAACUAAGACAGUAAAACGACAACGAGUGUGUGAUUCGGUGAAUGGUGCAACUUCCGUGAUUGGUAAUGGUGGACCCCAAGAAGAAAUGCAAACAAAUGCACUGAGCAGAAGAGGCUGCGAUAUGGUUUCUGCGUUUUCUCCUCCAACUGCAGCAUGGCAGGAUGGAAAGAGGGAUUGUCAUGCCUGUUGCAAUGUGAAUGGAGGAGGGGAAAGCAAAGGAGCAAACACGGAGGAGGUGGGAGGCUGUGCAGCCACUCCCUGUGUCAGGGACGAAGAUGCAAACGAUAUGCUGGUCGGUGACUUUUUAGAUACCUUGCCUUUCUACUGGAAUGCGGCAGAGUUCCUGACGGAGCAGGAGUCUAUAAUACAUGCAUGCAGAGAAGCAUGGGAAAAAGCUUGUAGAGCAAGUGAGGAAGCCAAGGCAUCCAGCCCUGGAAGGAACCAAAAAGACCCCUGUCGGUUUCUAAAUCAAGCUGAGAAUGAUGACAGGGGUGUGGUAUCAAAGCCUAAGGACAGAGGAAUGUGCAGUGCAGAAAAGGACCAUGCCAGGAAAGGCAAUCAGAACAGCAAACAUAUGUGUGAAGACGCAGAGGAAGAUGAUGCCAGCCCUAUGUGCACAGGCAUUACAGAGGUUAAUGGGGUAAGUGGAACAGCCAAAACCUCUUCACUAGACAGUGUUCUGCUCAGUCCCAAUAGCUAUGGAAGGGAGCUGCCAAAUAACUGUCAAGCAGGCGGGACAGGGUUAGGUAGAAUACAAGAGACAGGCAUGCGCACAGUUAGCGGGAAAGGGGAGGAUCAUGGCAUCCCCCGCCUUACCAGUUGCUUCAUAACCGAUUCUAAUGGCAACGCAUUAUGUAUAGGGGGUGCAAACCGCGGAGACGGGGAUGGGCCGACACCUAGUGGGAGUGAACUGAGGACAGCAUAUGCCGGGGAACUUCUUGACUGUUCGACACGGGAGCUGGACUCACGGGGGGCAGGGACGUAUAACAAUUCAAUUGCCACUCUGGAGAGCAAUGGCAGGAAAAGUGGUGUCAUGUCUAACAAAGAGGCUGCUGGUAGCGUCCAUGAUUUAGCAGAAGAAGAACUUGGUGUGAAGAAUUGUGCCACAAGCCCUGCGGUGAAAGGUGGAGGAAAAUGCCUUCCCAUGCGAGAGGGGGUUUGUCUCGGCAACGAUCUUGAAAAACGGGGAAGGGAGGAAAGCCGGGUGCAGACGAAUGAGGCCAAUUCAAAGAAUUCAGGGUUGAGGCGGAAUUCAGAGCUUCAUGAUGGACAUCAUGAUCCCGGGAGAAGUGCUGCAAGCGACAGGUGUGACAAUGAUUGCACAGCUGAUAUCACACGCAUGAGCAGGUACCCACGUGUGCCAGAGACUGUUUCAGAACCGCAUCGGGAGGUUUAUCAUGCUCGGGCACAUGGAGAAACCGGUCAUCCAGGAGGAAGCAGUCUUGACAUUGUUGACCGCAUUCUGGUUUGUUCAGCGGCCAAGCUGAAGUUCCUCAGAGAGCACAGUCAGUCAGUCCCUGGGCCCAUUUCUCCUGAAUCUAAGAAGAAUAAAGUGGCAAUGAAUGCUGGAAGGAUGAGGUCAUCGGGAGGAGCGAUCUUGGAUGGUCAAGAGAAGACUGCCAUGGAUGGCACUGUUGGCAGAAAUGAGCGCAAAGGAUCUGGCAAUGUGCUGGCUCAGGAAGAGGAUGUCGAGCAUGGCCAUGAUGGUGGGCUCAACACUGGAGAUGUCUUUGCAGUGCCGGCAAAGGUAUGUCCUGAACGUGUGCCAGGGAAGGAUGACCAAUCUCGAAAGCGCAAAAGACCUUUGGAAAGAGCAACCUCAGAACUUGAAGCCCUGGAGAAGGACUUGGAGGAUAAAGUGACCUGGUGGUUAUGUGGGAGCAGUGGUGUCUGGGACAGAAGGAAAGAAGCCCCUGGACGGAACUCACAUCAUGGUAAAUAUUGCCCGUCUUCCAAUCCCCGAUCCCAAGGCAAGGGGAUAAUUGCAGAUAACAAAGAGGACCCAAGAAAGAAGAAGAAAAAAUGGGAAGAGUGGGUUGAAGUUGAAGCUCUCCUGGAUGAUGGAGCACUACCUGAGGAGGAUGGCGAUAGGAAAAAGAAGAACGGGUGGGCAGAGGACAAGAGUGGGCACGGCAAGGAGCGUGAGCGGGAUAGGGUGCUGACUUCAGGAAGUGGGAUGUUGGGGAGUGGAAGAAUGACCGCUGAGAAGGAAGGAAGCAGGGCAUGGCCCCCUGCAGUUGCAGAUUCGAGAGCUCUCGGGUCUAUGCACAAUGCAGCUGGUGGGAUGUUGGCAGACUGGCGGUGUGGCUCUGAGUCUGGGAUGCAAGGGGGCAAAGGAGAAGUAGAUGGAAGGGAUGGACGAGAUUGGGAGCUUGGACUGGGAAUGCGCACAAUGCCCGGGUGGAUGAAGCGAGCCAAGCAAAAGGAGGGGCGGUGGGGUGAAGACGGGAGUCAGGUACCAGUCGGUGCUGCCGAGAGUACAGGAUGGGUUGGUAUGGCCUCCUCGGGCAGACCACCAAGUCCCAGGAGUGGUCGUGCCUUCUCCCAUGCAGAAUCAGGAAUCCGCAGGCUUGUGCCAUUGUCACCAAACGUAAGUGGAAGCAGAGCAAGGGGGGCAAAUCAACCAAUGAGAACACCCAUGUCAUCAUAUAGGACUGAAGUUCAUGCCAGGCUAGGAAGGAGCUCUGUUGGCAUGCCACUCUCAGGAAAUGGAAGCUUUAUUGGACCUCCUGGUGGAAGGGGUCAAGCUAUAGGAUCACCAGUUUCGGCUGCCUCAUGGGGCAAUGCUCCAAAAGGUCGGAUGCGAAGGCGGGUUAUUCCUCUCCCACUUUCACCGACUGGGAGCAACAAUGGGCCCGUGGGACUGGGAGGUACAGUUCUUGGACUUCCAGUGUCACCUGACGGGAGCGUCAACCUGCCGAGGGAGGUGGGCAGUACAAUGAGGCUGGAAGCACCGGCGUACUCUGAGAGGGAGCUUGAGGUUGGGGCUUCAGAUCAUGCUCCAGAGCAGAAUGUAAGCAUGGGGCCUCCAACUGCAAACGUGUCAAAGUCUGUGGAGGAAGCAGCAACACCUGCGCCCCACAUUCAAGAGGAGAAGGCUACAGAUGGAAAGGGCCAUGUUGCAGUAGAGAAGCCACCUGCAGGAGCUGGUGAAGAUGCUGGAACGGACACACCAGACUGGUACAUUAUGAACACGGCAAUGGUCGCAAAGAUAUCCAGGGAAACAAUGAGAAAGAAACUUGGCAUUAAUCAUCCAAAGUUCUUGGCUGCCUGCAAGGAGUUGGAAAGGCUUUGCUCGAACAUGGUGGAGUUUGGCGACCCUGGGCGAUUUUCCAGUGCAGCUCUGAAUGAGAGUGACCUGAUCGGUCUUGCGGAGUUUAAGUCUGGGGCUGUUAUUAGAGACUUUGCAAAAUGAGGAAACAGUUGCCACAUACGAAAAAAAAACAGUUGCAUUUAUUUUUCUCUCCCAAGCAAGCAUUCUUUGUCCUCUGCCGGUGAA